CACGGUUUUAUGCGUAAUCAAUCAUGUGUAACACAGCUUCUGUCUGUUCUCCACUCCAUUGGAAAAUCACUUGACCAAAACACUCAAACAGACAUUUUAUACUUGGAUUUUGCUAAGGCUUUUGACUGUGUAGACCACGUUAUUCUCAAAGAAAAGCUUAAAUGGUAUGGCGUAAUGGGGAAUCUUCUUAACUGGUUUACUGACUAUCUUAGCGAUAGAUCGCAGAGAGUUGUGAUAGAGGGUGUAGCUUCUCGGUACCUACCCGUUACUUCUGGUGUUCCCCAGGGAAGCAUUGUAGGACCUCUGCUGUUUGUUAUUUUUAUCAAUGACCUACCUGAUAUUAUCCAGGAACAGACAAGAACCGGCCUCUUCGCAGAUGAUACCAAGUUGUACCGAUCAGUAAAAUUCCCUUGCGACUGUGAAAGUUUGCAGCAUGAUAUUUCGAACUUGAACAAUUGGAGUCAUAACUCUAACAUGAAAUUUAACGCCUCCAAGUGUAAGGUAUUAACAAUAACUCGAAAAAAAUCACCUGUAGUUACUGACUAUCGUCUGGGUAAUGUAAUUUUACAACGCGCUCACCAAGAAAAAGAUUUGGGAAUUAUUAUCAAAAGCAACUUAUCCUGGGAUUCUCACAUUUUCUCAAUCGUCAGUAAAGCCAACAAGAUGCUUGGUAUCUUAAAGAGAACUUGUCCCCUGAUUAGAGAUACUAAAGUUAGGCGAACACUAUACCUGACUUUGGUAAAAUCAAAGCUGUGCUACGCAACGGAGGUGUGGUCCCCAGCUAAUGUGAAGCUACAAGUUGCAUUAGAAAGAGUUCAAAGGCGCGCUACACGUUGGAUCUUCAAAAGUAAAGUUGGAGAAAUGUCUUAUGAAGAUAGACUGAAAACUCUCAAUUUAUUGCCACUAACUUACGAUCGAGAAAUCAGAGAUCUU